AUGGCAACACCAGAUGGACUAAAACAAGUAGCCAAAUAUGCUUAUGCUGUUGGGCCAGAUAAGAGCUACAUAAUUCCUCGUAAUGCCAAUGAAACUUUAGGGGAACCCACGAACUUUGUCCACGAUGCACACGCAACAGGUUUGAAAGUGCAUCCGUACACAUUCCGCGCUGAGAACACGUUUUUGCCUGCGGAGUACAGGAGUAGGGACUCUUCGAAGGAUGCAAUUGGUGACCUGAACGGUGAACUAAGAGCCUUCUUUGCGACUGGAAUUGACGGCCUCUUUUCCGACCAACCGGACAAGCCUAUAGCUUUAAGACGAGACUGUUUACAACAUAAGUUU